AUGAUCAUUUGCCCGGCUGAUAAGCCUUUUACAGAGUGUCCGUACAAUCCAUGUAUAGCGGCUCUGUGCGUCACAGGAACCAGAUGUGUUGCUGAUCAGUGUGGGGGCUGCUUUGCAAGGUGUUUACCUCUGGAAACUAAGCAGUGUUCAGUGGACGGAAAAACUUACAACGUUGGGGACAACUUCCCGUCAUCGGACGGCUGUAACACGUGUACCUGUAGCGCCUCCGGAUUUCCCAUCUGCACAUUGCGUGCAUGCUUACCACCAAAGCAGUGCACUGCAGAAAAUGGAAAGACCUACAACGUUGGGGACACAUUCCCAGCAUCGGACGGCUGCAACACGUGCACGUGUACGGAAUCCGGCGUUCCCGUCUGCACACUGAAGGCCUGUUACCAGUGCCCUCUGUACAAAUGUAAAGCUUGUACCACUGGAUAUGUGAUCGAUGAGAACGGCUGUCAGACGUGUCAGUGCAAAGAUCCCACAUGCGAGGGAGUGACGUGUGCCAAGGGGUCAUUCUGCUCCAACUCUUAUUGUUGUCCCGAUGAGGUUAAAGUCAUGCGGUGUACUGACCCCUGUGCAAAUAAAUACUGCGGGAUCUUCAAAGUGUGCAAGCGAUACUGCAACUGUUACGCUGACUGUGUCUGGUGGUUCCUGGCCCAGUAGUCUCCCCUGGCGUCGGUGAAAAGAGGGACACACAUUUACUGUCGGGCUACUUCUACUCUGCUAUCAAGAGUUUAACCCAAUGACCGUUUAAGACAGUUGAGGAAUAUUUUCUUUUCAUUGUUAACUUAUUUUUUUAACCUUAUGUUAUUUUCCCCAGUAAAGAUGCUGCAGUACAUUAUCUCUAGUGGUGAUAUAAGACAAUAUUUCAUCAGAAAUGUAUGAGACUUUGUGCGCAGAAACAUAAUGUAAUGUUUAUAUAAACUCAGUCUUUACACACCUAAGGGUCCCUCUUUAUGGAUUCGUUUCGCAAUGUGUUGAUUGAAAGGUUUUGAAAACCAACAUACAGUUACACACUGAGCCACAAUUCUCCAGAUGUGAUUUGACAUAAGUUACACCCAGGAGUCUCUCACCAAUG